AUGCGUCUCUCCCAGUCUGCCCUCGCGUUGGGUGCUGCCGUCGCCUCGCCGGCUCUCGCCCAGGAACAAAAGGUUCUGAACGGCGGCAAGCUACCAAGUUUUGACUUUGGUGCCAUUGACCAGGAUAGCUGGUGGUCGCCCCUCGAGGAUCUCUGGGGUGAAGCUUCCAGUGAAAUCAAGGCUACCUGGAACGAGGUGUCCAUGCUGGUGCCUGGUGCCCUCGAGACGUUCAAGAAGGCGACGCUCGCUCAGCCAGAGCCAGCAACGAGGCGCCCCACGAGCGACUAUGAAUUCCACGUCAAGGGCGUCGACGUCGCGGAGAUCGUCGUGGAGACACAGGGCGGGACGCACCGCAAGGUGGACGGGGAUUUGAGCGACUAUGGCCUGAGGGUGAAGUCGGUCGAUCCGUCCAAGCUCAAGGUGGAUGAUGUGAAGCAGUACUCUGGUUAUCUGGACCAGUACGAGGAGGACAAGCACCUCUUCUUCUGGUUCUUUGAGUCUCGCAAUGACCCCAAGAACGACCCCGUGGUCCUUUGGCUCAACGGUGGUCCAGGAUGCUCCUCGAUGGUGGGCUUGUUCUUCGAGCUUGGUCCGGCCCGGAUCAACGAGAAGCUGGAGCCUGUCCGCAACCCGCACGCUUGGAACAACAAUGCGUCCGUCAUCUUCAUCGAGCAGCCGGUCAACGUGGGGUACUCGCACAGCCCCAAGACCGUCAAGGACUCGACGCAGUCGGCCAAGGACAUUUACGCCAUGCUCAGCCUGUUCUUCCAUCAGUUCCCCGAGUACGCGGCGCAGGACUUUCACCUUGCCGGCGAGUCGUACGGGGGCCACUACAUUCCGGCCAUGGCGGCGGAGAUCUUGUCGCACACGCACCGCAACAUCAACAUCAAGAGCGCCAUGGUCGGCAAUGGCCUCUCGGACGUGCUCACGCAGUACGCCUACUACAAGCCGUACGCCUGCGACGGGGCGGGCGGCUGGCCGGCGGUGCUCGAGGAGCCCGAGUGCGAGGCCAUGGACAAGUCGCUGGACCGGUGCCAGUCGCUCAUCCAGCGCUGCUACGACACGGAGAGCGCCUGGACGUGCGUGCCGGCGCACCUGUACUGCAACAACGCGCUGAUCCUGCCGUACACACGGUCGGGCCGGAACCCAUACGACAUUCGCGACCCGUGCGAGGACGAGGCGAACCUCUGCUACACGGGCAUCAAGUACGUGACCGACUACCUCAACCAGCGCGAGGUUAUGGAGGCCGUGGGGUCCGAGGUGGACCACUACGGCAGCUGCAACUGGGACGUGAACCGGGACUUCACGCGGACGGGGGACUGGAUGAAGCCGUUUUACCGGCUGACGGCCAAGGUGCUCAAGGAGAUUCCCUUUCUCGUCUACGUGGGUGACGCCGACUUUAUCUGCAACUGGCUGGGAAUCAAGGCGUGGGUGGAGCGGCUCGCGUGGGCGCACAAGGAUGCCUUUAACGAGGCCGAGCUGGGGUUCCUGACGUAUGGCGGGGAGGACGAGGAGGAUGGCGAGAAGUACGGGCGCGUCAAGACGAGCCACAACUUUACGUUUGUCAAGAUCUUCAAGGCCGGGCACAUGGUGCCUUACGACCAGCCGGAGGCGGCGAGCGACAUGAUCAACCGCUGGAUGGCGGGCGAGUGGACAGCCUGA